AUGCGCGCUUCUGUCUUGCUGCGACAAGCUGUCUCGCCUGACACGGGCGCCCAGGCCUACGCCAAGUCGCUCGCGUACGCGUCUGGCCUCGUGCGCCGGCAGGACCACGAGGCGCUGUGGGCGUCCUACUUCUACCCGCCACAGCUCCAGCCGGCGUACCUGGCCCUGCGCGCCUUCAACGUCGAGCUUGCGGGCCUCCCAGACCAGGUGUCGAGCCAGAUGAUCGGAUGCAUGCGCUUCCAGUGGUGGAAGGACGCCGUCCGCGGCCUGUACGAGCACAAAGCUCCACCCCAUCCCCUCCUCAACCUCCUCGCCAACCUCCCGCAACGGCCCUUCCUCUCGCAGUACCACUUUGCGCGCCUCGUCACCGCGCGCGAGAACAACUUCCUCAACCCGACCUUCCACUCGCUCCAGGACCUCGCCGACUACAGCGCCGGCACCCAGGCCUCGCUCCUGUACCUCCUCCUCCAGGCCACCGCCGCCGGCUCGGCGCCCGCAUCCGCGCCCAUACCCGUCGGCGGCGCCGCGACCCGACACGCGACCCCGUUCGAGCAUGUCGGCCACGAGCACGACCCGGUCGAGCCCGGCUCGACGUCAGCCGACCUCAAGGACGCCGACGACCUGACGCUCGACCACGCCGCGAGCCACCUCGCCGUCGCUGUCACGAUCGCGACCCUCGUGCGCUCGAUCCCGCACCACGCCGCCAAGCGCGUCAACGUCAUCCCGCUCGAAGUCGCCACCCGCCACGGCCUCCAAGAAGAAGCCCUGUUUCGCCACGGCCCAGAGGCGCCCGGCCUCCAAGAUGCCGUUGCGCAGCUUGCCGGCAUCGCCGAGGCCGAGUUGAGGACGGCGAGGGAGUGCUUCAGGGGAACGACGGGCGUACCGAGACGCGCCGUGCCCGUCUUCUUGUCGGCGACCCCGGCACGCUCGUACCUCGACCGCCUCUCGGCCGCCAAGGUCGACUACAACCCGUUCGACAAGUCGCUCCAGGGCAGGUACUGGAAGCUGCCGUUCCAAGUGUGGGGCGACUCGCGCAAGGGCCAUUUCUAGAGCGUUGCGCGCGCAGUCGAGGCGAGGAGGUCGAGGACGAGCGGGCGAGCAGUGCAACGGCGCUCGUCUUUCUCUCG